AUGUCUCCCUGCAAUCAAUGCGGCGCCAGCACCGUAUGGGACGACGAUGCAUCCUCGGCUAUUUGCACCAUCUGCGGUACUCUCGUAGAUUCGUCACAGUCCGUUCUUUCGUCAAUACCCGAUUACCAGGCUGCCUCAUCGUCAUGGAAUCCUUCUUUUCUUCCAAAAUCGACCCUCAAAUCCCUCCGGAAUCCCAAUUGGCAGCUUGCCGGGCAAGGAAAGGAAGCAAGGGACAGGCAGAAUUCCCCAUGCACUGAGUUCAUCAAUUCGCUGGCAAAUAUACUUUCCGUCCCAACAUUGUCUUCCCGAGCCACUACUUUGUUCACCCAGGCUAUGGCUGCAGGCAAUUUUAGGUGGGGAAGGAAAGCAAAGCUUGUAGCAGGCGCCUGCCUGUCUAUCGCUCUUCGUGAAUCCAAGAGGCCUGAUUUUCUUCGAGACAUCGCCUUUCUCCUGGAUCAGCAUUAUGCCCACCUGACACGCGUGCUGUCGUCCAUCCUGUCCUUGCUUAACGUUUCUCUCACAUCAAGUGACCCCUUCUUUCACGUAUCAAAUCUUCAGUCACAUCUUUCUUCGGUCAUCCAGGACCAGGUGGAAGCCAUUAAUUUGCCUCCCUCCCUUGUCACCGUGAUUAGGCCUUUAUCCCAAACCUCUGUUACCAACACUUGUCGCUCUCUAUCUGAUCUCUUGGCCCGAAUGUCGCCCUCAGACCCAGCCCCUGCCACCCAGAUACAUGGUACAGCUUGCGCUAUCUUUAUGCUUGCACUUGAAGCUGAAGCUCGCGCAACUUUACCAAGUCUAGGUGAACUCGGUGCAUGCCUGGCUGCCAGAUGCUCCGUGGGCAAAGGUCUCGUCAUGAACAGAUAUAAAGCUAUUCAGGGCGACAUUGUUACCAUGAUGGAAGGUAUCCAGUGGCUUGAUCAGUACCAAAAGAAGAAUAACGGUCGAGCAAAAGUUUCAAAGCGGUUGCUUGUGGCCCGCGGCCUUCCCGAUGUGCUCUCCUGGCAGGAUGAAAUUUGGAGGAAAAAAAUUGAGGAACAAGGACGUCCCAUCGUUGAUCUUGAUUGCGAUUGUGACGAGGAUGUGGAUCUGAACGAUCAUGAAAUCGACCAGGCUAAUUUCGCUUGUUCCCAUCCGACUUCCGCUUCUACCCAUGAGUUAAACAUCCGACCGCGUAAGAAGCAAAAAACACGACAUGCUCUCUCCGAAGCCAGUCAAUUUUUACUCGACCCUCUUUCGGGUUCACUUCCGUUAUCUGCUCUAUCCGUUAAAUCUUCCGUUACUGAACAUGCCCAUGGAAAUCUCCACAGAAACAACGAGCCACAGGAUCUCCAUACAUAUCUUCCACUCACAUCAUACCUUCUUGCUGCCCCACUUACAGCCCUCCAGUCGUCAAAAAAGCCUACCCGUCUCCAGCUCUUGUCAGUUGCUCGCGGAGGCGCUAGUACGUCCGAUGUUGACGACGACGAGCUAUUUGAGGAUGGGGAGCUAGAAGGACUUAUGCGCACAGAAGAAGAAAUCCAAGACUUGAUAGAAAUAUGGGAGCGGGAGAAGUUGAUGGAAGUCGAGUCCGACCAGGAACGGCGAGCCCACAAAACAAAGAACAAAGCGAAGAUUAGGUACAAAGGUGGUAAGGAGAAUAACGAGAACGACCAUGAAUCAUUCGUAGGUUCGAAGAAGGUCAACACCGAUGCUCUGGCCCGAUUCAUGGCGGACGACUACGAUGAUAUGCGGGAUGACGAUUCGGAAGAUGUCGUCAACGUUCUUGGCCUUGGUUUUUCGGACGAUGAAGAUGAAGACGAAGAUGGUCAAGACAAUAGUAUGAACGGGAUCAUGAUGCAGCACGCAUAUUCUACUUUGGGUCACGAGCGCAAACCCUCACCAGAUACUGGCCAACAACCACAGGACGACAACGAAGUCGUCGUCUUGCGAGGUUGGCGACCGCCCUCCCCUGAUGGCUCUUCCCUUCAUGAAAGCCGAUACGAUCAGGAGUAUGACUGA